CUUCACCAUUUUCGUUUUUGAAAGCUCCACCUUGAAUCUCGUCAUUUGUGUAUUACUUUUGUUUUUUUUUCUGCUGAGAAUGCAACCUGCGGCAAAACUACUCAUGUUCACUGUAAAGCUGGGCAGGGAAGGAGUAAUUGUGCUUUGUUAUCCGGUUGAAUACAAAGCUGUUCCUUAAGUAUCGUGACUCAGUGAAAACAAAGCAAAGAAACACGCGCAAAAUGGCAUCAAAGAAAGCAUGGAGAAUCGUUCCGAGACCCCUCUUAGAAACCAUCCUCAACAACCACGCGCAGCACCACCGUGUCCCCCAACCCCUCCUCCUUCAUGGCCCCAGAGGCGUCGGCAAAACCACCCUCAUUCUUCAACGUUUACUACCCGACUGGAAUAAAGGCCCUCAUCUCACCGGUUACGUCGACUUCGCGGAGCAAAUGAAAGUUGACCAUGGCCCAUCACACGGUCCGUGGGCUUCCUGGUCCACCUGCCCGCCGCCACUCCUCUCCGACUGCCGCAAAAUCCUCGAGCAUUGCCUGGAAUCCAUGGCCGAGAAGGGUGUCCGCGCAGGCUCCAUAAGCUCCCAACAAAUAUUCACUACCCUCAACAAAUGGCACGGCCUCACCACCGCGCUCCGCCAGGUGCUGCAGAGCAAGUCCCGUGCUUCGGACAGGGCGUCCCCUGCCGUGCUAUGGGAUCGGGCCGUAUUGGCCAUGUCUGGGCAAUGCACCGGUGCGGAGGUUGGUAGGAUUUUGGGAUUUGGAGAGAAGAAGAAUGGCUUGUCCUUUGAGGAGGCUUCUUACAUGAAGGAAUCAAUCGCGGCACUAAAGCUGGCGAAGAAGGUGAUCGAGCUUCAGCAAGGGUGGAAGGCCAAUGCCAUUUCUCAUAUGAAUCACACCGGUGUGUUCUCCAGGACUUUGACACAUUCUUGUACUGAUUGGCCUUGCUUGUUGUUAGAGUUGUUGUCACAAGCUGCUGAAAUUGAUCAUUUUCAGCCAAAGCUGGUUAUUAACAAUAUUGAAGUUUUAAAGCACGCCACGGUAAAUAACAAGUUAUCAGUCAGUGGACCCCUAUAUCAUGAUAGUCUAAUAUGGAGAAUAAUUGCUUUGGGUGCAAACGAGCGCUGUCUGCCUGUUAUCCUGGUGACAUCUGAUAGUUACUACUCAUAUGAAGCUUUCUUGGAGUUUGGAUAUAUGCAGAUAUUUAUCUCACGUGAGACCUUUGGAUGGACUCCACAAGAAGCCAAAAUGCACGUCGUCACUGACUAUUUUAGUCUUUCAGAAUGGAACGUGAUCGCUGAGGUACUUGGGCCAAAUCCUCGACAUCUAUUUGAACUUUAUGCACUUAAACAAAGCAAUUAUCAUCUGAAACAAACAAAAGACACUACUAAUACUUUCGAGGACAUUGUAGAUGCAUACAUAGCCUAUUUGCAAAUUACUGUUGUGAAUCCUGCUAUGAAUAGAGCUUUGGAGUUGUUGCAAAAAUUUGCAGUUGAUGUACACAAUGGAAAAAUUUCAGAAGACAGAUUACGUUUUGGUGCAGCUUGGAGGCACCCCCCACAUAUUGAUGACCCUAUGUUGCACAAGGAAUGGGCAAAGCUUCAAUUAAUGGAUUUUGUUCAGUCUUUUGCUAAUACAGGAUUUGCGGUCAAUUACCGAAUUGAUUAUAGUGAAGAAAUCUUUGAUGAUCCAUCUAUGGCUGCUUUGUUACAGGUGGGACUGUUUUAUGCUCAACGGGAUCCGCCAUUCAUUCGUCCCAUAUCUAAGGGAAUUCAAAGGUGUCUAGUGAGAUGGCUUGUACAGCAGCGGAUGCAGCUGAAUACCCACAAUUUGAUUCAUUUCAUGUGGCAUAGAAUAAUACGUGGACGAUAUUAUCGUCAUUUGAUGGUACAAAUUGGCUAUAAAUAGAGCAUGGAAUCUGGGAAUAUUUGGAUCUACAGAAAUCUUGUUGAAACAAUGUGUCCUUCAAAAAUAUAAGAUCUGUAUUUUCAUGUCUCAUGAGUUUAACUAAUUCAUAUGGGUUGAAGGGCAAAGUGGUCAGGAAGUUGAUGCCGUCUAGGUGCAAUAUUUUUAUAUCUUAAGCUGUAGAAGUUGGAUCGACGCUGGCACAAAGUCAGUGUCCAAAUUUGAAGAACAAAAUGGUUUAAAACUUCCAUGAAAACACCAAGAUUUGUUUAACUGAAGUCUCGAAUAAAAUGAAGGCAUCCAUGACAAAGUUUUAUCUUUUCAGGAUUUUUUUUGCCUUAUCCCACCAUUAGGGUAAGAAGAAUACUAUUUUUCUCAUCAUUAGGAUGAAUAGUUUAUCUUUUUAUUGGAAUUAGCAGUCAUUAAGAUUUGUUUAGGCUUUAAUUAUAAGUUGUUUGUUCUUCUAUAAAUACGUAAGUCAUGCUUUUGUAAGCACACCUUUGAGUUGAAUAAAAAGUUUAUCUUCAUUUUUUUCUCCA